AUGUUCCUCAUGGGCUAUUCGGUGGUGACUGGAGCCACGGGGAGGCUCCUGUUUGGCUACGACAGCUUUGGCAACGUGUGUGGCAAGAAGAACAGCCCAGUAGACGGGGCUCCUCUUUCAGGACAGGACAUGACCCUAAAAAAACACGUAUUCUUUCUGAAUUCCUGCAACCUGGACAUCAAGGACGCAAGGCUCAAUUCCACGGUCCUCUGUGUAUCCAGGUGCCCUGAGGCGCAGCUCAACACGCUGGAAGAGGUCCAGCUCUUUGCCAACAGCAGUGGGUCUCUCCUGUGUGUUUAUAGUUUGAAUUCCUUCAACUACACCCAGAAUCCAAAAGCAUACUCCUUGUGCCCGAGACUACCAGUUCCUCCAAGCAAGUCUUUCCCCUUGUUUAACCGCUGCAUCCCUCAAACACCUGAGUGCUAUUCUGUGUUUGCUUCUGUCUUGAUAAAUGAUGUGGACACCCUCCAUCGGAUUCUGAGUGGCAUCAUGUCAGCAAGAGAAACAAUCCUCGGCCUCUGUAUCCUCGCAUUAGCCCUGUCUUUGGCCAUGAUGCUCGCCUUCCAAUUCAUCACCACGCUUCUGGUUCACAUUUUCAUUGCACUGGUUAUUUUGGGAUUGUUGUUUGUCUGCGGGGUGCUCUGGUGGCUCUAUCACGACUACACCAAUGACCUCAGCACAGAGCUGGACACAGAAAGGGAAAAUAUGACAUUUCUGCUGGUCUUUGCACUUGUCUCUACAGUGAUCACGGCAGUCCUGCUCGUCUUGAUUUUUGUCCUCAGAAAGAGAAUAAAAUUGGUAGUGGAACUCUUCCAAGUCACAAGGAAAGCCAUCAGCAGCUCUCCUUUCCUGCUGCUCCAGCCACUGUGGACUUUUGCCAUCCUCACUGUCUUCUGGGUCCUCUGGGUGGCUGUGCUGCUGAGCCUGGGGACCGCAGGAACUGCCCAGGCUAUCGAAGGUGGCCACGUGGGGUAUAAGCCGCUUGCUGGCAUUCGGUUCAUGUGGUGGUACCAUCUAAUUGGCCUCAUCUGGACAAGCGAAUUCAUCCUGGCGUGCCAGCAAAUGACUGUAGCUGGGGUGCUCGUCAAGUGUUAUUUCAACAGAAAUAAAAGUGACCCUCCUGAUCGCCCAAUCCUUUCAUCUCUCUCCAUUCUUAUUUGCUACCAUCAAGGAACAGUCGUAAAAGGCUCAUUUUUAAUCACUGUGACUAGGAUUCCAAGGACCAUUCUCAUGUAUAUUUAUAACAGCUUGAAAGAGAAGCAGCAUCGUGCAUGGUUGAGGUGUGUGUUCAGAUCCUGCUUCUGUCUUGACAAAUGCCUGCAUCAUCUCAACCAGAAUGCAUACACCACAACUGCUAUUAAUGGGACAGAUUUUUGCACAUCAGCAAAAGAUGCCUUCAAGCUCUUAUCCAAGAAUUCAAGUCAUUUGACAUCUGCUUAUUGCUUUGGAGACUUCAUAAUUUUUCUAGGAAAGGUGCUGGUGGUGUGCUUCACCGUCUUCGGGGGGCUGAUGGCCUUCAACUACAACCGCACGCUGCAGGCGUGGGGGGUCCCCCUGCUCCUGGUUGCCUUUUUUGCCUACUUAGUAGCCCAUAGCUUUUUAUCUGUAUUUGAAACCGUGCUGGACGCACUUUUCCUGUGUUUUGCUGUGGACUUGGAAACAAAUGAUGGAUCAUCGGAAAAGCCCUACUUUAUGGACCAAGAGUUUUUGAGUUUCGUAAAAAGGAUCCACAAACUAAAUGGUGUAGGGGCACAGAGAGACAAGAACCUAUCAAAGGAAGAGGGGACAGAGCUCCGGCCAAUUGUGAGUUAG